AUGGCUGGCUCUCAGAGAGCACGCGGUCUCGUCGUCUCGGCUGUUCUCUUAUUCGGCUGUCUAUUUGCAAUUUCCAUUGCGAAAGAAGAGGCCACCAAGCUAGGAACUGUUAUUGGGAUAGAUCUUGGAACAACCUACUCCUGUGUCGGUGUCUUUAAGAAUGGUCACGUUGAAAUUAUAGCAAAUGACCAAGGAAACCGUAUCACUCCGUCGUGGGUUGGGUUCACUGACAGUGAGAGAUUGAUCGGUGAGGCUGCAAAGAAUCAAGCAGCUGUGAACCCUGAAAGGACCAUCUUUGAUGUCAAGAGGCUUAUCGGAAGAAAGUUUGAGGACAAAGAGGUCCAGAGGGACAUGAAACUUGUCCCAUACAAGAUUGUGAACAAGGACGGAAAGCCUUAUAUCCAAGUGAAGAUCAAGGAUGGAGAGACCAAGAUCUUCAGUCCUGAAGAGAUCAGUGCUAUGAUUUUGGUUAAGAUGAAGGAAACAGCAGAGGCUUUCCUCGGAAAGAAAAUCAAGGAUGCUGUUGUCACUGUCCCCGCCUACUUCAAUGAUGCCCAGAGACAGGCCACCAAGGAUGCUGGCGUUAUCGCUGGGCUCAAUGUGGCUAGGAUCAUCAACGAGCCAACUGCUGCUGCCAUAGCCUAUGGUUUGGACCAGAAGGGUGGCGAGAAGAACAUCCUGGUCUUUGAUCUCGGUGGUGGUACCUUCGAUGUCAGUAUCUUGACCAUUGAUAACGGUGUGUUUGAGGUUCUUUCCACCAACGGUGACACCCAUUUGGGAGGUGAGGACUUCGAUCAGAGGAUCAUGGAGUACUUCAUCAAGUUGAUCAAGAAGAAGCACGGAAAGGACAUCAGCAAGGACAACAGGGCACUCGGAAAGCUCAGGAGGGAAGCAGAGCGUGCCAAGAGGGCUCUCAGUAGCCAGCACCAAGUCCGUGUGGAAAUCGAAUCACUUUUCGAUGGCGUCGACUUCUCCGAACCACUCACCAGAGCUCGCUUCGAGGAAUUGAACAACGACCUGUUCAGGAAGACCAUGGGACCAGUGAAGAAGGCCAUGGACGAUGCUGGUUUGGAGAAGAACCAGAUCGAUGAAAUUGUCCUGGUUGGUGGAAGCACCAGAAUCCCCAAGGUCCAACAGCUCCUCAAGGAUUACUUCAACGGCAAGGAGCCCAACAAGGGAGUCAACCCUGAUGAGGCUGUUGCCUAUGGUGCCGCCGUCCAGGGUGGCAUCCUUAGCGGAGAAGGUGGCGACCAAACCAAAGACAUCCUUCUUCUGGAUGUUGCACCCCUCACUUUGGGUAUUGAAACCGUCGGCGGAGUGAUGACCAAGUUGAUCCCGAGGAACACCGUCAUCCCCACCAAGAGGAAAAAAUCCCAAAAGUCUCAGGUUUUCACCACUUACCAGGAUCAGCAGACCACCGUCUCCAUUCAGGUCUUUGAAGGUGAGAGGAGUCUCACCAAGGACUGUAGGCAGCUCGGUAAAUUCGACCUCACCGGAAUUCCUCCAGCUCCCAGGGGCACACCACAAAUCGAGGUGACAUUCGAGGUCGACGCCAACGGUAUCCUGAACGUGAAGGCAGAAGACAAGGCCUCCGGGAAGGCGGAGAAGAUCACGAUCACCAACGACAAGGGUCGCCUGAGCCAGGAAGAGAUCGACCGGAUGGUCCGCGAGGCUGAGGAGUUCGCCGAUGAGGACAAGAAGGUGAAGGAGAGGAUCGACGCCAGGAACAGCCUGGAGACGUACGUGUACAACAUGAAGAACCAGAUCAACGACAAGGACAAGCUCGCGGACAAGCUGGAGGGCGACGAGAAGGAGAAGAUCGAGGCCGCGACCAAGGAGGCCCUGGAAUGGCUGGACGACAACCAGACCGCCGAGAAGGAGGAUUACGACGAGAAGCUGAAGGAGGUGGAAGCCGUCUGCAACCCGAUCAUCACCGCCGUGUACCAGCGGUCCGGCGGUGCUCCUGGCGGCGGUGCUGCCGGAGAUGAGGAGGAGGAGUCGCACGAUGAGUUGUAA